AUGAGGCUGGUUAGGCACGGCAUCAUCGACGAAGACCUCAAGGAUUCGGUCGCGCUGGUCGCCUUCUCCGGCAGCCACGACUAUGCACGCGUCAACAUGUCCAGCUACGCCGACAUUGUUGCCUUGGCCAAAAACGUGGUGGACACGAUCGCCGACGGCGUGGACCGGCUGCAGGAGCUCGGUGUGCAGAAGGUGCUGGUGAACUCUCUGCCCCCGCUCGGCUGCAGGCCUUGGUGGUCUAGGUCGAACAACUACACCGCUUGCUACGGCCCCCAGGACGUGGUCACAAGCGUCCACAACGUGUAUCUCAAACAGAAGCUGGGUGAAUCGGAUACCAUCCUCCUGCUCGAUCUCAACACCAUCUUCAUCAACAUCAUCGUUAGUCAGGGUUCGUCUCCAUUCAAGCACAGGUUCACGCCAUGCUGUGAUAGCUUCGACCCGGUCGGGUAUUGUGGGCAGGAAGACGAGGAUGGAGACGUGCAGUACAGCGUAUGCUCUGUCCCAGACCAGUCUUUCUACUGGGACUACAUGCACCCGACGCAGGCCGGCUGGAAGGCUGUCAUGGAGCAGCUGGAAGAGCCCAUCAAGGGUUUCCUAGAUAUCUAA